GGGCAAGAAGGGUUGACUUCUUAAACUAAAACAAGAGAAAGAAAGUGCCUCCCUCCCUUCUAUGGCGAGCUCCUCCUCUUCGAAGUUCAAACCUUGCUCUAAGCCACCCCAAGACCAAGUGUUCAUCAACUUCCGUGGAUUGGAACUACGCUUCAGCUUCGUUAGUCAUCUCAAGAAGGGCUUAAAAAGGAAUGGCAUCAAUGCUUUUAUAGACACAGAUGAAAACAUGGGCCAACAUCUAAAUGCUCUGCUCGAUAGAAUCGAACGAUCAAAAAUUGCGCUAGCCAUAUUCUCCCCGAGGUACACGGAGUCAGAUUGGUGUUUAAAGGAGCUUGCCAAGAUGAGAGAAAGAAUGGAGCAAGGCAAGCUCGUGGUGAUUCCAAUCUUUUACAAGGUGGAGCCUGCCACUGUUAAGAGGCAGAGAGGAGAGUUCGGUGACAAGUUCAGGGAUCUGGUUGAGUGUCUUGAUGAGGAGACCAAGAACAAAUGGACAGAAGCUUUAACGACUGUUCCUCUGUUGACCGGACUCGUCUUAGACGAGAAAAGCGAUGAGAACUAUCUCAUCGACAGAAUCGUCAAGGAGGUAACGAAAGCGCUGAACAACACCUCACGAGCUUCUCCCCGUUCAUCAGAAGGUACUGAUCUUUCACUGCCAGUACACAAAAAAAAAGUUGAGAGCUCUUGUGGAAUUGAAUCACGUGUAAAGCUGCUAGAAGAAAAGCUAAGCUUUGGGUUUGAGGAAACUACUCGUACCAUUGGUGUUGUUGGGAUGCCUGGCAUUGGUAAAAGCACUCUAGUUAAAAAGUUUUACGAGAAAUCGAAGAACCGGUUCUUGAGUCAUGUGUUUUUAUCAGAUGUACAUCAAUCUACAAAGGAUUACGGCUUGGGUUACUUGGCGGCAAUACUCUUGGAAGACUUACUCAAGGUCAAGAGUCCCAGGUUUGAGAAUGUCCAGGCUGCACAUGAAGGCUACAAGGAUCAGCUACUCAGAACCAAAACACUUGUUGUUCUUGACAGUGUCAGUGACAAGGAACAAAUUGUUGCUAUUCUCGGAAAACGUGAUUGGAUUAAACAAGGAAGCAAGAUUGUCAUUGCAACAAGUGACAAGUCGUUGGUCCAUGAAUGGGUCGAUGAUAUUUAUGAAGUCCCUCGACUAAGCUAUAAACACAGCUUACAACACUUUUCUCACUAUGCCUUUGGUGGAGAAAAUUACGAUUCGAGUUUCUCGAAUCUGGCGAAAGAUUUUGUGCAUUAUACCAAAGGAAAUCCACUAGCUCUCAAGGUAUUGGGUGCUGAGCUUCUGGGGAAAGACGUGUCUCUCUGGUAUUCAAAAUUGGAUGCGCUGAGCCAGUACCAUAAUGGUCGAGAAAGAAGCUCUAGGAAGAUGCUAGCACAAAGCUCCAGUGAGAUGCUUCAAAGUGUCUGGAAACAAAGCUAUGAUGCACUUAACCAGCAACAGAAGGAUACACUUCUUGACAUUUCUGGCUUCAGGUCACUGGACAAGGAUUACGUAGCAAGUUUACUAGAUUCAUAUGGAGCAAAUGCCACCGACGCUAGGAUUGAGAUAGAAGAACUCGUCCACAAGUUCCUCAUUACUAUAUCUGGAGGCAAAAUAGAUAUGCACGAUACACUGCAUAUGUUUUGUAAGGAACUUGGUCAAGAAGCCUCUGCUCCUGACGGAAAAGGGAGACUAAGGUUAUGGGACCAUCACGUGAUAACUGAUGUGUUAGACAACAAUAAGGGAGCUUCUAGGAUUAGGUCUAUCUUUCUUGACUUGGCUGAUGUUAAGAUGAAGAGCCUCCACAGUCAAGCAUUUGUCUCGAUGAUCAAUAUGCGGUACUUAAAAAUCUACAACACCGAUUGUCCUCAAGAAUGUGAUCCUGACAUUACCUUAAACUUCCCGGAUGGACUCCAGCUCCCUUUGGAGGAGGUGCGAUGUCUCCAUUGGCUAAAGUUCCCGUUGAAAGAACUUCCACCAGAUUUCAACCCGCAAAAUCUUGUGGACGUUAAGCUUCCUUACAGCGAGAUAGAAAAAGUUUGGGAGGGUGACAAGGAUGCAUCGAAACUUAAAUGGAUCGACUUCAACCACUCAAGAAAGUUGAGCACCUUGUCGGGAUUAGCAGAGGCUCGAAAUCUUCAAGAACUGAACCUUGAAGGCUGCACAGCAUUGGACAUGUUGCCCCAGGAUAUGGAAAAUAUGAAGUCUCUUGUUUUCCUGAACCUGAGAGGCUGCACAAGUCUUAAAUGUCUUCCAGACAUUAACUUGAUGUCUCUUCAAAUCCUCAUCCUCACCAACUGCUCAAAAUUUAAGGUGUUUGAGGUAGUUUCAGAAAAGCUAGAAGCAAUAUACUUAGACGGUACUGCGAUAAAAGAGCUUCCUUCUGACAUUGGGAAGCUCCAAAGACUUGCCGUAUUUAACAUGAAAGACUGCAAGAAGCUGAAAACACUCCCUGACAGCCUUGGCGAACUUAAAGCUCCUCAAGAACUGAUACUUUCUGGCUGUUCAAAGCUCAAAAGUUUUCCACAAGUUGGGGACAACAUGGAGCGUCUGGAGAUUUUACUUCUAGAUGGAACAGCUAUCAAAGAGUUGCCAAAUAUAUUAUCACUCCGGCGCAUAUGUUUAAGCAAAAAUAAAAUGAUAUGUCGCCUCCCAGAGAACAUCAGCCAAUUUUCUCGACUCAAAUGGCUUGACAUGAAGUACUGUAACAGCGUCACACAUAUUCCUAAGCUACCACCAAACCUUCAAUGCUUAGACGCACAUGGAUGCAGCUCACUGAGAACAAUUGCGCAACCACUUGCCCAAGCUAUGGCCACAGAGAGUAUUCAUUCCACUUUCAUUUUCACGAACUGCAACAGAUUGGAACAAGCUGCAAAGGAGGAGAUAGCAUCCUUUGCUCAAAGGAAGUGUCAGCUACUACCUAGUGCACUUAAACUCUGCAAUAAGGAUCUUGUACCGGAGAUUUUGUUCAGCACUUGCUUUCCUGGAGCUGAUAUACCUACAUGGUUUAGUCACGAAGCAAUUGGAUCUAAGGUGCAGUUCGAAUCUCCCCAGCAUUGGAAUUACAAUAAGCUCUCUGGGAUAGCCCUAUGUGCCGUCGUCUCAUUCCAAAACUGCCAGGAACAAACAAGAACAGAACAAGAACAGACCAACUACUUGUCAGCGAAAUUUACUUGUAAAGGCAUGACAGGAGAGGAGCCUUGCACCCAAGUUACUUGGAAAGUUGGAAGCUGGAGUGAGCAAGACGCAAUCGGGUCAGAUCAUGUUUUUAUUGGCUACACCAGCUGCGCACACCUCAUAAAACAUCUUGAAGACAAGCAUUCUAGCCAAUGUGCUCCUGUUGUGGCGUUACUAGAGUUCAGCGUGAACGAUGAAAAUACUAGUGGGGAAGCUAGGUUUGAGGUGUUGAAAUCCGGUCUCAGUUUUGUGUUUGAGCCUGAUGAGAACAGAAAAAAUCCAUUCCAGGACGCAAACUCUGUUGCAUGUCCAAUGGAUACCGACAUAAGUGAAGUAACAUCUGUUACCGAAAUUCUAAGGACCAGUUGUUGUCUCAUGGAUCAAGCCAACGGUUUAGGGAAUCACCAAAAGGCAAAUGGCAAGACUAAGUGAAGCUCGUACUUUCACUACAUUUCAGCAAAUUUAGCCAAAUGUUUUGUAGCUGCCAAAUUUUGAGAUUGUACCUUAUAAAUUCUUCAGUAUUCAGAUUAAUUUGGUUACCACAAAAAGUUUUCUUACCAAGGAUAUGAUCAAGUACAGCUCAUGUAAUCACCAUCAAACUUAUGUAUUCAAAACCAUUCCCUUUGUUCAUUUUGUAGUAACCAAAACCACUCCUGUUCUUA